AUGGUUACCCCGGCGGCCCCCGGCCGGAUGCGUGGCGCGAGCCCGCGACCUUUGCUGUGCGCUGCGGCUGGGCCAUGGCAGCCAGGAGGCUGCCCCGCCUGCCGCUCGCCAACCUACCAACAACCUCUUCCACGCGCCCAGCACCAACAACACCACCACAAAGGGCCUCGGGGCCGCCCCCGCCCGCUCGUCAGGGAGGACACCCCCUCCAGGGGGACCCACGCCCUCGCCGCACCGCGGCUUCGCUCUGGGGACCUCCCCGAGCCUCGCUGCCUCGGCCUCAGAGCCCUCUCAGGAGGCGGCGGAGGGAGGAAGGAGGGCCCGACCAGGGCCUGCCUGCCUGGACGACAACCAACCCCGCCCGGGGACGGCGGGGAGCCGACCACGCUCGGGAUACCCGUCCGCGGCCGCGAGGGAGCCCGCCCACCGAGGCCUCGCUCGCCGGCCCCGGCGCCGCCCGCCCGCCAGCCAGCCAACGCCAGCGACCCCCCUUCGUCCCCAUACACUUGCCUUGCCCGCGCUCCCGGACGCCCGGGAGGCCCGGGAGCGCGCAGCCCGGCUGCGGCCCGCAACACAGCAGGGCGAAGCUGCUCGGAGGCAGGGAACGUGCUGCACGGCCGGACCAAGAGGCCAAGAGGCGAGGGCCAGCGUGCGCGGGUGGUCGAAAAAGGGGCCUUGCCCGCUCGCAAGGCCAACGGCAACGGCGGCAAGCGACCGUCCGCACACGGCCUGCCUGCCGUCCGUCGUCCGUCCGUACAGUCCCCUCGGCCGCCGAUGGGCCAUCAUCCCCUCGCUGCUGGCCCCGCCAGCUCGAACCCCUGCCGCCAACCGACCGUCACGGCCGGGGGAAGGCGGCGCCCAGGCCGCCCGACCGCGACCGCCAUGGGGCCGCCGCCUCGCCCCGCGCGUCUCGCUCUCUCUCAGCCGCUGGCCCGGACCAGCCGCGCCCCCAGUAUAGGGUUAGCGGCGCGGCCGUUCACCCACCACGACCGGGAACAGGUCCUCCCGCUGCUCCUGUCCCACCGGGUGGAGGGCUCAGAGGAACGACGCCGGCAACCGGUGUACCGGCUUCGGGGCCAGACCCCGUUGGCAGGGGAAAUUCUCGUAAAUCCCCCGCCCGCAGGCCCCGCAAAAUGCCCUGGAAACCUCGACGGGUCUCUCGCCCAGCCUUCGCCCUCGGGCGUCGGCUUCGGUUCCCCUAAACCCGGCCGUCGCGCGGGCCUCCACCGUCGAUGUUCUGGGCCGCACGCGCGCUACAAUGGAGAGUUCAGCGAGCUGUCCCUGCUCCGAGAGGAGCGGUCCCUGCCCUUUGUACACACCGCCCGUCGCUACUACCGAUUGAAUGGUCUAGUGAGGGCACCGGACUGGCGCCCUUGGAGCCGCUACCGCCGCCUCGGCGGCGGCCAGCGCCCUCGGGUCGACGGAAAGGUGUCCAAGCUGGGUCAUUUAGAGGAAGUAAAAGUCGUAACAAGGUUUCCGGCGGGGAGGAGGGGAAGGCCGAACCCAGAAGUCUUUGUCAGCCCCGCCUGGGUCACCGGGGCCUACGAGGUCAGCGACGGCGCCGGAAAAAGCGGCACACCCCCUGUGCCGCGGCCCGGCGCCGUGGGCUACGCGUCUUCUCAGAGCGCAGGUUACCCUCCCCUUCGAGGCCCUUUGAGUGGGAGGCCAUCGAGUAGUAGUGUGAACUCGAAAUGA